AUGCUGCUUUCCGAUUCCGUCAGCCAGCAAAAGUUGCAGGAGCAGGUGAAGCUUACCGAGGAGCAGUUGAAAGAGGCAAAGCAGGAGAUGGAGAACCUAUCCUCCAGCUUGCGAGAGGAAAGGUCUGAGCGCCAGAAGCUGUCGGAGGCCCUCGAAGUGAAGGCAGCAGAGGCAGAGGCUUGCACAGAGAGAUUGGCAAGCACAAGUGCAGAGCUUAAGUGCUGCCAUGAUGAGCUGGAGGAUCUUCGCCAGAGUCUAAAGGACUCCACGGCGAAAUCUACUCAUCUACACGGUGUAUUGGAAGAGCACAGCCAAGAGAAUGCAAAUCUGAAAAUGAGACUCGAGCAGAGAGAGAUUGACUUGGAAAGGAGAGAGUCUCAAGUUCAUCAGGUUUCUUCUGAGCUCAGCCUGACUAGCCACAGGCUGACCCAGACGGAAAGUGACCGCGAGGCAGUUGAGAGAAGGCUAGCGGAAACGAAGGCCCAACUUGAGGAGUACGAGGGGAGGUUGACCUGCCUCUCCGCCUCACUGGAGGCUGCGCAGAGGGAGACGGCCUCGCGGUCCAAGAGGAUGGAGCUGACUUCUAUGGCCGCGGAGGAUUUCAUGGGCCACCUGAACAUCUCCAAGGCACGGGUACGGCACUUGGAGCAGCAGGCACGUGAAACGGAAGUCUUGUUAGAGUCCAAGCAACUGGAGCAGCAGCGACUGGUGAAGAACGCAGAGGAACAUGCCGAAAUUUUCCAGGGGAAAUUAGACUCACUGACAUCUUCCCUGGACCAGGAGCAGUCCCAAAGUGCUGCGUUGCGUCAGGAACUGCUGCAGCGUGACCAACGCAUCGAAGACCUGGCUGCCAGUGUGAGCUCCUCAAAUGCACAGGUGGAAUCCUUGACCGAAGAGAAAGGCUCGCUCGCAAGAACAUUAAAGGCUUCGGAAGAGGAGAACGAGGAGCUCAAGUCACAGAUUAACUCCGUGUUGCGCCCGGAACUGCUGCAGCGUGACCAACGCAUCGAAGACUUGGUUGCCAGUACGAGCUCCUCAAAUGCACAGGUGGAGUUCUUGAGCGAAGAGAAGGGCUCGCUCGCAAGAACAUUAAAGGCUCAGGAAGAGGAGAACGAGGAGCUCAAGUCACAGAUAAGCUCGGUGAACCAGCAGGUCUCGGACUACGAACGCCAAGUCACCGAGCUCUAUGCGACCCUGUCUACGACACAGCUCGAAAACACUCGGCUGGCCCAAACUUUGGAGGGUAGGGCCAUGGAAGCUGAGGAGUUCCUAGGGAGGAUUCAGAUGGAGAAGAGACAACUUGCCGAGUUGGAGCACACAGUGCGCUCUGUAAAGGCAUCCCUGGACACCAGCCUGACGGACAAGGACGACCUGACCAUGGAGCUGGAGAGAACUUGUCUCGAGCGCGAAGACCUUACACAGCAGCUCGUGCGAGCACAAGAGAAGCUCGUGCUCCUCGAGGAGGAGGUCGGCAAGUCCUUCCUAAAAGCCGCGGAAGACUCCAAGCAAGUUCGUGAGAACUCAGUGAAGGCACAUGGCUUCUUGACAAGCAGGCAGCUCCUUGGAUGGCAGAACAACUGCAGACAUGCUUGGCACUUCGUCAUGUUUCGUGAUAGCAUUCACGUCGUCAGCGCCCACUCCAAGCAGAAGAAAAAGUCAGAACAUUUGCUCCGCACCGUCAUUGAAAAGUUGAAUGAUGAGUUGGAUCAUGCCAAGAAACGCUUGGAGAAGGUGGCCAUGGUUGACGAUGCGGAAAUGGCAACCUUGAAGGAGCAGCUCAUGGAAGCCAGCUCGAGACUCAACGGAUUGACUGCGGCCAUCGACCUCAAGGACACGGAAAUGCAAGUGGUUUCGCUGCAGCUCAUGAGGAAGGGCAUGCAGGCCGAGGACUACCUGGGCCAGGUGAGGAGCAUGAAGGACCGCCUUGUGCAGUCGGAGAUGGACCUGAGCCGAUUCUCUUCGGAACUCAGACUCUCACAGAUGGAGAAGGAUGUUCAACCUGUGACCGAGGCUCAGAUGUUCGGAGCCGGAGCUUGUGGCAGGCUUCAGCAUGAUCUGCUAUCUCGCCAGAUGUCGACGAAGGAGACGAUCACCAGCUUGCUUGACGACUCAGAGAUCGAAAGGCUUCAGUGCGAGCUCACCGCCUUGCGCAUGCAGCUUCAGGUUUUGAGGUCGACGCUGCAAGAGCAGCUGCAACAGAAUGAGUUGCAAGCAGCCGAGCUGACAAAGAAACGGCGAGAUGAGCUCAGUGAGGCUGUGGAUGCCAAGAGUGAUACCAACGCCCAGCUCCAGGGCUUGCGGGAGGAGGAAUUGCGAAGCUCACGGCUACAGCAAACAAACAUGGGCGACGAGCUGGACAGCCUCGCAGACUCGAAGAACCACCUCGAAGCCAAAGCGUCAAGACUAUCGCAGAUCUGCAAGAAGCAAUCAGAGGAGAAGGAAGCGCUUUCCACCGAGCUUGAAAACACUGUUGGCAGUGUCCGGCAGUUGCAAUCCCAGCUAGCAAAGUACCGGCAGCAGAUGAAGGAAGACCAAGCCAAGAUCGAUUCUUUGACGAGAAGCUUGAGAAGGGAGGUGCAAAAGAAGGAUGAGGCCGCCACGCGAUGCGCCGAGCUCCUCUGCUCACAUCCGUCCAUGUGCAUCGAAGCCUGGAUCGGCAGGGUGCGCACCUUCCGAGACACGGACGGGUGGCAGCUGGUGGCUGGCAGUGGCUUCGACCAGCGCGUGAUCCUGAAGGGUGGUGACCAAUCGGGAGAACGGCAUAUCGUUGGUGGAGAGGAGAAAGACCGCAAGGAAGAAGACCGAGUGGUACAGAAGCCGAUGCCGCACACAGAAGUGCAGCUCAACAAGAUCACCGUGUUUGACAAGAUGCGUCGGCUGUUCUCAAAGAAUAGAAUAAUCUACGACCAGAACUUCGGAAUUGUGCGCCCAUACCCAGAUGGGAUUUCCACACGUUCCUCGUCUGAGGCACCGCCAAGCGAUGUGCUCUGA